AUGCCCGGUUCCGACAUAAGUGACGACUACGACGUCGAUUCCUUCAUCGUCGAGAUCGACUCGAUCCAAGCCCACGGUAUCGGCGCAGCAGAUAUCACGAAAUUGAAAGCGAAUGGAUACUAUACCAUUGCGUCCGUCCACGGUGCCACCCGCAAGAACCUCCUGAAGAUCAAAGGGUUCAGCGAGAUCAAGGUGGAGAAGAUCAAAGAUGCUAUCACCAAGUGCCUGCCCUCAGUAUCUGGGUUCAUCACCGCCAUGGAACUGUGCCAACAGCGCAGGAAGGUCGUGCGAAUCUCAACCGGAAGCAAGCAGUUUGACUCCAUCCUAGGAGGAGGCUUCCAAAGCAUGAGCAUCAGCGAAGUCUUCGGCGAAUUCCGCUGCGGCAAAACCCAGCUCUCACACACAAUGUCCGUCGUCGCCCAACUCCCCAAAGACAUGGGCGGCGCAGACGGCAAAGUAGCCUACAUCGACACAGAAGGUACCUUCCGACCCGAGCGCAUCGCCCAGAUCGCAGAGCGCUUCGGCGUCGAUCCUGCCUCGGCGCAGGAGAACAUUGCGUACGCGCGCGCCCUGAACAGCGAGCAUCAGAUGGAGCUGCUGAGUACGCUUAGCAAGGAGUUCGCGGGUGGAGAGUAUAGGCUGUUGAUCAUUGAUAGUAUUAUGAAUUGUUUUAGGGUGGAUUAUUGUGGACGGGGGGAAUUGGCGGAUCGGCAGCAGAAGUUGAAUCAGUUUUUGAUGAAGCUUGCUCAUAUGGCUGAAGUCCAGAGCGAUCCCGGCGCCAGUGCGCUUUUCGCCGGAGCAGACGGCCGCAAGCCUGUCGGUGGACAUGUCUUGGCACAUGCGUCUACCACGCGUGUUCUGCUCCGCAAGGGUCGUGGGGAGGAGCGGGUAGCGAAGAUACAGGAUUCGCCUGACUGUCCCGAGAGAGAAGCGACAUAUGUGAUCACCAACGGUGGGAUCAACGAUCCUGAUAAGGCUUGA